AGGUUUUGCCUUGUUGCAGCCACAUAGUAAAGCAGAGUGGGACGGGCUUGGAUGUGAGACAGGAGCUCCCGAUGCGCCAGUAAAGAUCCACUUACCAGCGAAAAAAAAAACAAAAAAAGCAACAUGACGAAGAAACUAUGUGGGACCAAUUAUCCAACCAGCAUCUGCUUCAUAGUGGUGAACGAGUUCUGCGAACGCUUCUCCUACUAUGGCAUGAAAGCGGUGCUGACACUCUACUUCCUCACUUACCUUCACUGGGACAAGGAUCUCUCCACGGCUAUCUACCAUGCCUUCAGCAGCCUCUGCUACUUCACGCCCAUAAUGGGAGCAGUCAUCGCUGACUCCUGGCUGGGAAAAUUCAAGACCAUCAUCUACUUGUCCAUUGUAUAUGUGAUCGGCCAUGUGGUCAAGUCGAUCGGAGCCAUUCCCACUGUGGGAAACACGGAUGUGCACAUCUCUAUGUCCAUGGUCGGUUUGAUACUCAUAGCCUUUGGUACAGGAGGAAUCAAACCCUGCGUGGCGGCUUUUGGAGGAGACCAGUUUGACGAGGAGAAUGGCGCCGAAAGGCAGAAAUUCUUCUCUAUCUUCUACAUGUCCAUAAAUGCUGGGAGCCUCUUGUCGACUAUAAUCACACCCAUGCUGAGAGGUGAUGUCAAGUGUUUUGGUAAUGACUGCUACGCUCUGGCCUUCGGGGUUCCUGCUAUUCUGAUGAUCGUGGCUACAGUUGUGUUCAUUGCUGGCAGCGGCCUGUACAAGAAGACUCCUCCCAAAGGAAACGUACUGUUGGAAGUCUGCAAUUGCAUUGGGUUUGCCAUCAAAAAACGCUCAAGAAGAUCCAAGCAUGAUCCACCGAGAAAGCACUGGUUGGACUGGGCGGAGGAGAAGUACUCGAAGCGUCUAAUCCAGGAGAUUAAGAUGGUGCUGCGGGUUUUGGUGCUCUAUAUUCCACUUCCGAUGUUCUGGGCUCUGUUUGAUCAGCAGGGUUCCCGCUGGACUCUUCAGGCCACGAGGAUGAACAUGGCUUUUGGAGACUCUUUCACUAUUAAGCCUGACCAAAUGCAGAUGUUGAACGCUCUGAUGAUUCUUCUCUUUGUGCCCGUCUUUGACCUCGUCGUAUAUCCACUCGUUGGCCUUUGCAGAAUCAAUAUCACGCCUCUGAGAAAAAUGGCCGUGGGAAUGAUUUUUGCUGCACUGGCCUUCGGAGCAGCAACAGUGGUGGAAGUGAACGUUGUGGAAACAGUGGUGAAUCCUGCUCCUGCAGGAAAGUGUCUCCUGCAGGUGUAUAACCUGGCCAGAGGUGAUGUCAAUGUGACAGUUGGUUCAAACAACCCGUUUCCAGCCCCCAUCGGACCCUUUCAGGACCCUCCUCAGUAUGAGACUGUUACACUUGGAGAAACCAGCAAGAACCUGACAAUCCAGGUCACCUUCAAUGGAGAAACGUCAGAGUGUUUGCAGAAGUUUGAAGAGAAGAAGGCCUACAGUCUGAUUGUAGACUUCGUAAAUACUGGCAUCCAGUGCAAACUUGUGGAAGAUAACAUACAGAAAUCUGAUGACGGGAAUCCCUUCCUCAGGUUCCUAAAUAAAGGACCAGAUGCAAUCGCCAUACAUGUGGGAGAUGUGGAUUUCUUUGUGCCAUCUGGAGUAAUGUCUCUGAACAAGAGCAUCAGUCAGGGAGAAUACCCACAUGUAACCUGCAACCUGACGUUAGGAGAAAGCCCUCAUCUCAACCUGGGCCUGCUGGACUUUGGAGCUUCAUACACUGUUAUACUCAUGAAGGAAACAAGUAAACUUGUUCCUCACAAGAUGGUGGAUGUUGAAGCCAACAACGUGCACAUAGCGUGGCAGAUCCCUCAGUACGUCCUCAUAACUAUAGGAGAGGUGAUGUUCUCCAUCACAGGCCUGGAGUUCUCCUACUCACAGGCUCCAGCCAACAUGAAGUCAGUCCUGCAGGCCGGCUGGCUGCUCACGGUCGCAUUUGGGAACGUGAUAGUGCUGAUCGUGGCCGAGGGGGCAGGACUGGAACAGUGGAUAGAGUUCCUCUUGUUUGCCAGCAUGCUUUUGGGCGUCUGCAUCAUCUUCUCUAUCAUGGCUUCCUUCUACACCUACGUUGACCCCAGCGAGCUCGACAAGAUCUACCUGGAGGAUUCAGGGAAGGAGGAGGAUGACCACAAUGACCUGAAGAAAAUUACUGAUGACAUGCAGCUGAACAAAAGAGGGAAGAGCACAAAAUUCUAACGUUGCCUAAUUACAAAGAACAGCCAACUUCUCUGCUGUGGCUAAUUGAAUUGAAUUUAGCUUCAAAAGUGAAAGUAUUGUUUGAGACACUUUAUUUAAUUUGAGAUGCUUUCUGUGAUUAUGAAGCACUAAGAUAUGAUCAUUGGACAGCUCUUCACCGCAAAAACUCAAAUCUGAGCGAGUGUAUUUGUCUAAUUUCUAGUCAGAAAUAUAUUACACUUAUUUCAAGUCACAUUAAACUAACAAGUCCAGAUAAAAUAUAGAAAGCCAUAAAAUUAGGCAUGAAUUGCUUAUAAUCAGGGGCGUGCCAGAUGGGUGGCAUGGGCCCUCCCUAGAAAUCUGAUUGGCCAUCCCAAAAACCUUUUUUUUUUUUAAAUUAACCUUUAAUUAACCCAUUGAUAUCAAGAUCUCUUUCACAAGGGUGAACUGGCCAAGAGGGCAGCAGCACAUGUCAAGUUAAUAGCAGACAACAAUUAAAAUGUGCAAAACGUUUCGCAGAUUAAGUGCAAAGUUGUGAUCACAGAUUACAAUCCAUAAACACAGCCACUCGCCAAUGGUCUCGCUUUUUUUUCGUCUUUUAAGAUAAACUGUGAUUGGCAAUUUUCCCCGUCAGAAGCAGGACAGCAGUACAAGUUUUUUUUUUUUUUUUUGAAAGGCUGCCAGUAUUUUUCUUUACAUAUCGAUGUCUU